AUGCCACCAAGGUACAAGAACAGGUCUGCCUCUAGCUUUGGGGAGCAGAGGACGUUUUGGUUUGUACCAUCGGAUGAAAAGAAGAAGCAAGGUUGUCAGCGAGAAAAUGAGACUCUAAUACAGAGAAGGAAGGACCAGAUGCAGCCUGGGGGCACUACAGUCAGCGUUACUGUACCCUAUCGAGUAGUAGACCAGCCUCUGAAACUUAUGCCACAAGACUGGGAUCGGGUGGUGGCCGUGUUCGUGCAGGGUCCUGCCUGGCAGUUCAAAGGCUGGCCUUGGCUCUUGCCUGACGGAUCACCUGUUGAUAUCUUUGCAAAAAUUAAAGCUUUCCAUCUCAAAUACGAUGAAGUGCGUUUGGAUCCAAACGUACAGAAAUGGGAUGUGACAGUGUUAGAACUAAGCUACCACAAAAGACAUUUGGACAGGCCAGUAUUUCUACGCUUCUGGGAAACUUUGGACAGGUAUAUGGUAAAGCACAAAUCUCACUUGAGAUUCUGAAUCCUUCAGCUGCCAUUUAUUUCCUGAAGUGUGGAUGGAGAAAAAUGAAAGGGCCUCCAGUUUGGAGACCAGAGCUCGCACUAUAUGAUACGUCAAGAACUUUACAAAUGAAGAAAGAUCACAGUUUAAACUUUUUAUAAAAUCUUGUUUGGAUGCUUCAUGCUAUGGCAGGUUGAUACCUGUUGUUAUUCAGAAGCAAAGGGGUUUUGCUUAAAACUAUUUUUUUAAUGUUGUUAGCCUUCUAGUCUGCAAUCCAAAUUGUAUAUUUUGAUAGCAGCAGUUUCUUCUCUGUUUUGUUAAAUUAGCCACAUUUUUAAAUAAUGUGUUUUGUUCCUUAUUAGAAAAUAGAUUGAUCUUCACUGCAGGUUACCAAUGCGUGUGUGCGCGUGUGCGCACGUGUGUGUGUAUAUGUGUGUGUGUCUAUAUAUAAUGUAUAAAAAAAAAAAAUAGACACACUGACGCACACAGAUGUUACCAAGCUUUCUAAACCACUUAGCUUCUGAGCUUAGUUUUGGUUUUCUUUGCUUAUUGUUUCACUUACAGAAAAUAUUUUGUUGUGAAUGAUAUUACAUUUUAGUCAAUAGGACUUGCAAACUGAGCAAAGUGAAAAUUGUUUGGGGUAAAUCAAAAUGUCAACCUGUAUAUGUAUAUUCUGUCAGUCUUUGUUGAAAAAGGGAAGAUGAAAAAUCUAGAAACACUUUUUGGAUUUGUAAUGUCCCAUUUACCAAGUCUUUAAACUUUAUUAUAGGAAUACCUUCAAGUCAUUUUAACUUUAAAUUGCCGUUCUCCACACAGGUCUCUUUAUUUAAGCUGAAAGUGUGCAUGUGUACAUUCCCAUCUAUCAAAAUACCUUUACGUAUGAGUCUAAAUGUUACCUAGAUUAAACAGUGAAUAGAGAAGGAGAGAGUUUGGAUUUUUUUUCCCUGAAACAGCUACCACAAGGAAUGAAUAAUUUUAUCUUCUUUGAAUUUAUACCUCUAAUAUCACCUCUAAUAUUAUUUUCUGACAUAAGUAGCCCAGACUAUGUCUACGGGAGUUGUAAUUUUCUGAGAUGAAUGGCUAAUGUGGCUUCCUAACAGUCCUGCAUUGGAAUGGAAAAUAAGUCUACUCCAGUUACCAAAGAACAAAUUUUGCUUCAUCUACAGUAUGAGGCCAGAAGUCCCUGGUAUUUGUAUGAAUUUAUGGUAUCUCUGUAUCUAUUUAAUAACAUGAACUUGACGUUGCAUACCCGUGGAUGUAGAGUAUCAUCGAAUACUGUAACACCCACGUGAAUUUUUUUCGGGGAUAGAAAAUAGAUGUUUAUAUUCCUGUUCUUGAAAUUCCAAACCAUGUUUUUUUAAUAUACUUUACAUUUAAGGUUUGAUGACAGUAAAAUGUUCUACCUAUUCUUCUUUAGUUUUGCUUUUUAUUUGAUGUUACCUUCAUUUUUAUUAAAAGCAGAAGGCACAUCUCCUUAAGAGGUUUUUAAAACUAUGUCUUAAAUGUGAGGAAGGGAAGGUCUGACUUUUGGUUAUGUUUCCAUCCCUGCUAUAUCAAGAUUACUAUUUUUAAAU